AAGACAAACUGUAUAUUUAUUGAAAUGUAAUGAAGUCUUCUAAGUAAAUAGUUUGAACUCUGGAAUUAGCCAUCAACAAUUGGAGCUCGCCCUAGGGAGCUGAUCACUAAUGGGUAGGCCUGAAACCAGUGAGAUUGAUGGAACAACGCAGCACUCGGCUCCUCAGCCUGCAGAAGUUGCACCACAGACUUGGCAUCAAGUUGGGGAAAAUAUUCAACCUGGGAUUCUUCAUCAAGAUUAUUCCUCUACAGCUCCAGUGGUGCUUGACAAUAACAUAGUUCUUGGACAUCCUUGGACGACAGGAUUAUUCGACUGUCAUGAACAUCAAACAAAUGCUAUUAUGACAGCAUUUUUCCCUUGUGUAACAUUUGGGCAGAUCGUGGAAGUCCUGGAUGAGGGACAAUUGACUUGUCCUUUGGGGAGUUUGAUCUACGUAAUAAUGAUGCCUAGCUUGUGCUUUCAAUGGAUUAUGGGCUCCAAAUACAGAGAAAAAUUGAGGAGGAUUUAUAAUUUGGUAGAAGCUCCUUACAGUGAUGUGAUCUCUCACUUCUUCUGCCCAUAUUGCUCUCUUUGUCAGGAGUUUAGAGAGCUCAGAAACAGAGGACUUGAUCCUGCUCUGGGAUGGAAUGGGAUACUUGCUCAACAACAAGGAAGACAUUAUCAUCAUGAACAAGUAAAUGUUCCUCCUCCAGGUCAAGUGAUGUCUAGGUGACAAUGUGACCUCCAUUUGCUUAUGAAGGUUGUGCAAGUUCCUUCAACUAAAAUUCCUUUUUCUUAUGUUUUGAUUUUAUAAACAUUAUGCCUAAGACCAUCUGUAAAAUUAGAAUAAGGUUAGAAGUCAGGAACUUUUGUGUAGAAACUUCUAGUUCCAUGAUCUGUCCAAAACAUUGGAUGAUUGGUCGAGCGCAUGGAUUUUAUCCUCAAUUUUAUCGAAGCCAGUCUCAAG